GCGGCCGCGACCCAGAAAACACAAGCGAUAUAUCAUUUACGUAAUUUAAUUUUACGCCUUCUUGUAGGGUUGGCGUAUUCUGUGUUUCCGCUUGAGGACUACUUGGUGGGCAUUGCGGGCCCCCUUCUCUCUCGCUGACACCAUGGCCCCACCGCCAGCGACCUCGCGCUUCCUCCUCCUCCCGCCGCGACUCGCCGCCGCGCGCGGCAUCUCCGGCCAGCCGCCGCCGUCUCCCCACGCCGCCGCGCCCACCUCUACACCGCAGGCCUUCCACGCGCACCUCGCGUCGCUCGCGGCGCCUUCCCGCGCCGCCCACCCGGCCACCCUCCGCUCCAUCCUCGCCGCGCUCUCCCGCGCCCGCGCCGCGGGGCUCCCGCUCCUCCCGGCAACCCGCGUCCUCGCUGCCUCCGCGCUGCUCCGACAUGGCCGCCUUCCCGACGCCCUCGCGCACUUCGGCCUCGUCCCCGACUCCGCCGCCCUCCCCGCGCCGCUCUGCAACUCGCUGCUCGCGGCGCUCGCGUCCUCCGGGUCACUCGUUUCCGCGCGCAAGGUGUUCGACAGAAUGAUCGGGAGGGCCGUCGAGCUUGACACGGUUGGUUUCGGGGUGUUCGUCAAAAAUGUGGGGAGGAGGCAUGGAUUGGCCGAGGUUCUGCGGUUGGUGCAGGCAGUGCGCCAUCAAGGGGACCGAGUUGAUAGGUCAGUUGUUGCAGUAAUGGUUGCUGAUGGUUUGUGUCGGGAGGGGAGGAUUGAGGAUGCUUGGCAAGCUUUGGAGGAUAUGAGGUUUCAAGGGUGGAAGCCAGAUUUUGUAGCUUAUAGAGUUGUAUCAGAGGCGUUUAGGGAAGCAGGGAGGACAGAAGAGGAAGGUAGGAUCUUGAAGCAGAAGAGGAAGCUCGGGGUUGCGCCUAGGAAGGAGGACUACAGGGAGUUUAUGUUUGCAUUGUUGUCCAGCAGGCAGAUUGGCGAGGCAAAGGAAAUAGCAGAGGCAAUUGUUUUAGGGGAUUUCCCUAUCAAUGAUGACGUGUUGAAUGCACUGAUUUGUUCAGUGUCUGAGAUUGAUGUCGAUGCUGCUGUUAUGUUCUGCAAGUUCAUGAUAGGGAAGGAGAGAUUUCCAAGCAGCGAUAUGCUUAUACACCUUUGCGAAAGCCUCUGCACGAAUGGGAAGGGCGAUGAUAUGUGGGAAUUUUUUAGGGUGCUCUUAGAUAAGGGGUAUUGUACAGAUGUGAGGGAUUACCAUUUGGUAGUAUCAUUCUUAGGCAAGGCUGGGAAGGUGCGAGAGGCAUAUGAUGUACUAAAGGAGGUGAAAAGAAAGAGACUUGAGCCUGACAUUUCAUCAUACAAUUCUCUCAUGGAGUCACUCUGCAGAAAAAACCUCCUUAGGCCAGCCAAGAAGCUGUGGGAUGAAAUGUUUACCAGUGGCUGUAGUCCAAAUCUGCAGACUUACAAUAUACUCAUAACAAAAUUUGCAGAAAUCAAUGAAAGUGAACAAGCCCAACAACUGUUUGAUCGCAUGUUCCAGAAAGGAGUGUCCCCUGAUGUCACAACAUACACUUCAGUCAUCAAUAUGCUGUGCCAAGAAAAGAAAUAUGAACAGGCUGUGGAGAUCUUUACCAAAUGUGUGGUGCAGGAUACUGAAGUGGCUAGUUCAGUAUUAACUGUGUUUAUCCUUGCACUCUGUAAACAAGGUAAUUUCAAAGGAGCACUGAGUGUUUUAUCUUGUAUUCCAUCUAAUGUUGAGAGUGUGAAUUCACACGUCAUUUUGUUGAAGUGUCUAAUAGAUGUUGGGGAAGUAGAUUUGGCCAUUGAGCACAUAAAAUCGAUCAGGAGUAACUUCAGCUCAAGUUUCCAGAAUAUAAUCAAUGAGCUCAUGGCCUCUCUUUCCACUUCUGCUAGUCUUCAACCUGUCACAAGGUUGAUUUCUUAUUUGAAUUCUCAGGGGAUUGUUCACGAUGUUGGCCCAUGGAUGGGGUUGAUGGAGCACAAUUAUGCUUGAAACAAAGUUUUCAAUGUUGUGCUGUCGUAAGUUGUAACAUGAUGGAGUAUUUGACACUAUUAUGAGGUCAGGCCGCAGCUUAUUUCAGAAAGGGUGAUAGUGAUAUUUCUUUUGGACACAAAGGGUCAGAAUGUUACUAGAGGGAGCAGCAAGUGGAGAGAAAUUGCACAGGCAAUUCAGAAGAACGAGUCAGGAGUUAUCUGGAAUCAGAAAAGGAGCAACCAGUGCUCUCAGUUCUCAGUAUUCACCAAGUACAGAUGGCUGGAUAUUUUUUAUGAAAAUCGCGUUGGUGAUCAUUUUCUUCCAAGAACCAGAAAUUGGUUAGGUGAUGUGCUGCGCAGCAGUUCUAUCUCUAUGUUCCUGUUGCAAGAUUUUGCACAGUGUUUGCUGGUCACUAACAACUGAUCCAUGUGUCAGUUAUGCUUAUGCCUGUGAGCACUCAGCAAGGCAGCAAACAAGUUACUCUAUCCAAGAAAGCAGAUCGUGACUAUUAUUCUGCUUAGUUCUCACAAAAAGAAAAAAGACUAUGAUUCUGCUUCUAUACUGGGAUUUGGCACUGGCAGUGAUGGUGAAUCAGAAUGAUUUUUUUUAUCAGUUUUGUGGAAUGUUAGUCCAUUCUGUACUGAUCAGUGAUCAGAGUGUUGUGUUAUAGAGGGCCAUCGAAGCAAUUCCCUCCGUCCCUGCAGAAAGAUGAAAAAUGAAAGCUCUCUGAGGGAUGCAUCACUGUGAACAGGUAGUCGGCAUCACCCCGCCAUGCCCAUGCACAUGCACGGACGCUCAUAAGUUUGGAUUAGGACGCCAUUCGCAGGUGUUUUUUUCUUCUUCUUUUUUUCCUUUUUUUGCGAGGGCACAGAUUCUUUGGUAUUCUGGUUCAGGUACUACAGAUGUGUAUGAUUUCAUAAGUAAAAGUUUGUAUUACAGCUUAACCUUGUUGUAUCGUCUCGAAUGAAUGAAGCUCCUGCUAAAAACAUUUUUCUUGAAAAA